UGUCCUGGGUUUUUCUUUGGCGUGAUGGAGCUGCUAUGGGGUGGGUUGUACACCCUGUGACAUGGGGGCCAAAGCAGGAUCCUCCCACCUUGCACCUCUUCUCUGACAACACAGUCGACCGCCGUCAUGGCCUCCAGCUACCCUCCCCCCUUUGAGGGCACAGGUGAGGUGAAGGAGGGCUUUCUUUGCCCUCUGUGCCUGAAAGACCUUCAGUCGUUCUACCAACUCCAAGACCACUACGAAGAGGAGCACUCCGGGGAUGAACGCCAUGUGAGGGGGCAGCUCAAAAGUUUGGUUCAAAAAGCAAAGAAAGCCAAAGACAAGCUCUUAAAGAGGGAUGGUGAUGACAGACCGGAUACUGGCAGUUAUGAGUCCUUCUACUAUGGUGGAGUGGACCCUUACAUGUGGGAGCCUCAGGAACUGGGAGCAGCUAGAAGUCAUCUGGAUUUAUUCAAAAAACACCGGGCAGCCAGGAUAGACCAUUAUGUGAUUGAGGUCAACAAGCUCAUCAUCAGACUGGAGAAGUUGACAUCGUUUGACAGGAUCAACUCAGAUGCUGCCAAAAUCCGAGCCAUUGAGAAGUCUGUAGUUUCAUGGGUGAGCGACUCAGACGUCCCGUUUUGUCCCGACUGUGGAAACAAGUUCAACAUUCGGAACAGGAGGCACCACUGUCGUCUCUGUGGGUCCAUCAUGUGUAGAAAGUGCAUGGAGUUUGUCCCAUUACCUUUAGCCCAAAAGCUGAUUAAUGGGACGCGAGAAGCCCUGUGUGUUCACGGGAGCCCCGGUCACUCCCAGUCUCCCCCAGCAGGAGGUGGCAGCAGUAGCAUGGGCUCCAGGAGAGGCAGCAUCAGCAGCCUGAGCAGCGUGACCUCCAUGCUGGAGGAGAAGGACGACGAGAAGAUCCGCUGCUGCCACCACUGCAUGGACACACUGAUGAAGAUACAGCAGAAACUGGAGGAGAAGGACCACAUGCCUGAUAUAGUGAAACUUUAUGAGAGGCUGAGGAUGUGCAUGGACAAAGUGGAUGAAAGGGCUCCAGAAUACAUCCGGAUGGCUGAGUCGCUCAAUGCCGGGGAAACUACAUACAACCUUGACACUGCCGGUGGACUCCGACUGGAAGUACAGAAAUACUAUGAACUCAUCGAUGCGUUAAGUAAGAGGAUUUUAACACUAGGAGUUAAAGAUGAUCCACAACCACGUCCUAAGGCGCUGCAGCUGCAGAAGAUGGUCCGAUACACAGCCACACUAUUUGUUCAGGAGAAGCUGUUAGGCCUCAUGUCUUUACCCACUAAGGAUAAAUAUGGAGAGCUGAAAGAAAAGAAGAAACAAGAACAAGAGAAGAGACUCCAACAAGAGAGACUGGCAUCCCAGGAGACCCUGAAGAGGAGGCAGGAGUCUGAGAGAAACCGUCCACCCGUCAGUACCAACGGGGAGCUGCCGCAAGCCCCUAGAGUGCCGCGCAUGACCAAAGCUGCCGGCUGGUUGCCCUCCGCAGACUCUGGUCAUACACGCAGUGAGUUCGAAGACCCCCUCCUACAGCAGAUUGAGAACAUUCAGUCGUUCCUCCGUCAAGCACGAGAGGCCCAGAGAGCAGACGAGGUUGCCAUGUUAGAGGAGAACCUGCGUCAGCUGCAGGACGAAUACGACCAGCAGCAGACCAGUCUGGCCAUCGCUCUCUCCCAGAAGCUGGCUAAGGAGGAGAGCUUGCAGCAGGGGGAGUUCCAUCGCCUUGAGGCCCGGGAACGGGAGGAAAGGGAGGAACGGGAACACUGGGGCCCUGCUGUGAGCUCCACUCAGUCCUCCUUCACCAUGGAGAGGUCUCUAGAUAUCAGCCCAGUGGUCGUCUUCCAGGGAGAGCAAGACACUGCAGCAGAGGAGCUGACUCCUAAAGCUGAGAGGAGCCCGGCGUCUCUAAGAGCGUUUCCUGCUCUCACAAGCCAGGAGGAGUCGCCUCCUCGUCUGAGGAGCUUAGGGGGACACAUAACUCCCCCUGGUGGUGAAGGGCAGAAUAGCACCUCCCUUAAUCCUUUUGAUGAGGAGGACUCUACUCCCACUGAGGAGGAUCCCAACAAUCCUUUCUCAGAAGACAUCAAGAGGGAACACAAAGACGUACCCAACGGGAAGAAAAUAUACAACCCUUUUGAUGAAGAUGUCCAGGAGGACGCUCAGGCCGACACCGCGGCCGGGAACCCCUUUGAGGCGGAUGACAACACCGACACUCGUAACCCUUUCAUGGAGGCCUCUGGGAAUUCCCCAGGAGUAUCAACCAAUCCCUUUGACAGGGAAGAUGAUGGUGAGGCUUUGCCCGAUUUGGACAUGAUAGAGGAGGAACUGCUGCUGCAGCAGAUCGACAACAUUAGGGCCUACAUUUUUGAUGCCAAGCUCAGCGGCCGCCUUGACGAGGUGGAGCUCCUGUCAGAGAAUCUGAGAGAGCUACAGCACACCCUACAGGAGCAGAAGAAAAAGAAGCACUGACAACUUUUCUUAAAAAUCCCCCUGAUCACCUGCUACUUACCAAGUCCUGCAAGGCUAGUUCACUUUACAUGACUAAUGAGCCCGCUGAGUUUAGUAUGGGUGAAGUCUGCAAGAAAGAUUAGGUCUGUCCCAAAAUUACAUGUACUAGAGACAAGUAGUCUGGAACGAUUCAUUUUCAAACACCUUUCUAAACCACUUAUCCUGCACAGAGGGCUGGAGCCAAUCCCAGCAUGCACAGUUUCUAAGCACCACAAGUAAAACAUGUCUAUUUGUACAGGCAGCGUUGCUGAUCUCCAGUUGCAUCAGUGCAAACAUGAACAAUAGAAGAUGGAAGAAUGCCACUGUAAAGAUUGUUGUAAUGGGACCAAUGGCUGGUCCUUUGAGUUGUGUCUGACUGUGGUCUUGUGGAAGUCAGCAUGUGUGAUUUGGCUUCCUCUGCCAGAAACUAUGAAUGAAGACAUAACAAGUUACCAUGGCGACGGUCGAACAAACUUGCCAUGGGAUCGAAUGAUGCACAAAAUCCAUUAUUCAUCAUUUCAAGAGUUUUUCUUCCAAGGAAAUUAAGUGGCAGUAUCAAAAAGUGUCAAAAUUGAAGAACCAUAACCUGAGAUUUUAUUUUUAUUCCACACACUCUUCCUCCAUGUCAAAAACCUAUUGCUUGCAUUACCCACAAUGCAACUCAGCUCUCCACAGGUCAGUUGGAUAUAUGGAUGUUUCUUCAUCGGCUGAAAUCUACAUCAGAUGUUUCUCUGCAGCCACAUAAAGUUUUAAAUAACUGCUCGUCACAUAUACAGAAAUAAUCCCCCUUAGAGCUGUGACACUAUCACGUGAAAAAUCAACUUGUGGUUUUUGAAAUUCUUACUGUUUGUUUAAUUUAUGCCAAAGAACUGAACCAUGACUGUUGUAACUGGAACAUGAACUAUUGUUAUAACAUCUCUUUCUUUAAUGAGACACAAAAUGAAUUAGACUUUUGAGACUGUUUGGGGGCAAUUUGGUUUUUGAAGGAGCCUGAUCAUUAAAUAUAUUAAGAUAUUUAUAGAUUUUUAAUCACAGGCUCAAAUUAAUAAUGCCGUCUCACCACUUGCAGCUCUGCAGUAGUUGUUGCAGCACCUAUGACUCUUCCCUCAUAGAUUUGAAAGGGGGAUUAAAUCUCCAUUCCACAGAAUUAGGCCAUUUUUGUUGCUUGUCAAAUAUACUGACGUAUCUGAUCCUGAGGACGUUUACCAUGAAUCACACUGAUACUAACUACUGGUGUAUUUGCAUAACAUUAUUAGAAAGGGUUUUGUUCCAGCAGCGUAUUAUUUCAGUUUCCGUUAGUUUUUUGUUUUAAACAUCAAAUUAAUUCAUCAUAUGAGCCUGUUCCUGUUCUGCAUGGUUGACUUGAUCGAGGAGAUUAAACUCAGUGUUCUGUGCAUCUGGUUAGUGUCUCGGUCAGCUUUGACAUUUGAGACGUUUAUUCUUAAAAGUUGCGUCGUAUUUGCCACAGUGAGCAAAGUGAACUAAAGUUUUUCCACGUUGUACUGUGCGCCCCCUGCUGGUUGUGAUCUCGAUGUUUACAGUGGCUGCCCCUGAUCUAAGCGAGGAUCAGGGGUUGCAUGAUUUGUGUGUUUGUGAGUCUCUGAAGUGCUGUUUGAUGCUGUACUUUCUAUCGAGCUCGUGGCCAAGCUUGUCUUCCUGCUUUUAGUUUUUUUGUUUUCAUAUUAGGACAAAUCGAUCGGUUGACACGCCGCCCUUGUUCCGUGCUGUUGGAUAAGAUCUGUUUGUAAAGCAUGUGAUUCGUUCGCUUGUUUCAUCUCAGACGUCCAGUCAAAGUUCGUCCAGCCGGCUUGUUGCAGCACUCACCAUGUACAUACUUAACACUACUUUCUAACACACAUUGUAGGCAACUUUUACGUCAACGAACAAGGCACAAGAUUUCACUAAAAUUGCAGUGUGUACAAAAAUGUGACGACUAAAUCCUUUGGUCAGGGCUACAUCUUAGACAUAUUUACACUACAUGAAUGCCAGCAAGUAUUAUCACUCAGUCAGUGCUGCUACAUCUGUCCUUAAGGGAAUCUUUCCUGUCACUCAGUCUGUAUUUCUCUUCAUAGACACAAGCGUUUGUGUUGCCUGUUAAUCUCACACUGCUCAUCAGGAGAUCGUGAGCUGAACGUUUAGUGACAGUGUGAAUAACUCGAGGAGCAGCUUCUCAAUGUGUUGAUUUUAGCUUUGGAAGUACUGACUAACUCUGCUGUAUUUAAAAACUAACUACAAACUUCUGGACACGCGCAGAUGUCUCUGUAUUAACUUUAGGAAACUCCCAUCUCAGCACCAAUAAAAAACAAAGUUGUCUACAGUAAA